CGAGAUCAGGUUAGUCUGACAUGACUUAUUUUUCAGAAAUCCAUGCUGACUAUUGGUGAUCACAGCAUUCCUUUCUAGGUGCUCACAGACUGUUUGCUUAAUGAUCUGCUCCAGAAUCUUCCCUGGUAUUGAUGUCAGACUGACUGGGCGGUAAUUAUUUGGGUCCUCUCUUUUCCCCUUUUUGAAAAUAGGGACAACAUUUGCCCUCCUCCAGUCUGCCGGGACUUCACCUGUUCUCCAGGAAUUCUCAAAGAUGACUGCCAGUGGUUCUGAGAUCACAUCUGCCAGUUCUUUUAAUACUCUUGGAUGCAGUUCAUCUGGCCCUGGAGUCUUGAAUACAUCUAAACUAGCCAAGUAUUCUUGUACUAUCUCCUUAGUUAUUCUGGGCUGUGUUUCCUUUGCUGAAUCAUUUGCUGCAAAUUCUUCAGGUCGGGCAUUGUUUUCUUUAUCGGAGAAGACUGAGGCAAAGAAGGCAUUGAGGAGUUCAGCUCUUUCUGUGUCCCCUGUUUGCAUUUCACCAUCUUCUCCUCUGAGUGACCCCACUGUUUCUUUGUUCUUCCUUUUGCUAUGGACAUACCCAUAAAAGCCUUUUUUGUUGCUUUUAACCUCUCUAGCAAGCCUGAGUUCAUUCUGUGCUUUAGCUUUUCUGACUUUGUGUCUACACGUGCUGGCUAUUUGUUUGAAUUCCUCUUUGGUGGUUUCCCCCCUUUUCCAUUUUUGUACACAUCCUUUUUAAUCUUAACUCAGUUAAAAGUUCUUUAGAUAGCCACCCUGGCUUCUUUAGGCACCUUCCAUGUUUCUGUCUCAUUGGUAUUGCCUGACGUUGUGCUUUUAGUAUCUCCCUCUUAACAAACUCCCAGCCAUCAUGAACUCCCUUUCCUUUUAGUAUUACUGUCCAUGGGAUCUCACCCAGCACUUCCCUAAGUUUUAUGAAGUCAGCUUUCUUAAAGUCAAGAAAUUGAGUCCUAGUAUGCUUGGCUGCUCCUUUCCGCUGUAUAGUAAACUUCAGAAGAGCAUGAUCACUCGCGCCUAAUGAUCCUUCCACUUCUACCCCACUAACCAGGUCAUCAACAUUGGUUAGGACCAGAUCUAAAAUGGCUGUUCCUCUUGUUGCUUCUCCCACUUUCUGGACAAUGAAGUUGUCUGCAAGGCCAGUGAGGAAUCUGUUUGACCUUAUGCUCUUGGCUGAGUUUGACAUCCAACAAAUAUCUGGGUAAUUGAAGUCCCCCAUUACUACUAUCUCCCUUCCUUUUGCAUGCUUGGCCAUCUGUUCCAGGAAGGCAUCAUCUAUGUCCUCCGUUUGGCUUGGGGAUCUAUAGUAAACUCCCACAAUGAGGUCACUGUUAUUCUUCUCUCCCUUAAUUUUGACCCAAAUGCUCUCACUUUGGCUUUGAGGUUCUAAAUCUUGGAUCUCUUCACAGGUAUACACAUCCCUGACAUAUAACGCCACUCCUCCUCCUUUCUUGUCUGGUCUGUUUAUCUGAAAUAGAUUGUAUCACCCCAUUAUUACAUUCCAAUCGUGGGACUUAUCCCACCAGGUUUCAGUGAUGCCUAUUAUGUCAUAUUUAGUUUGCUGUACCAAGAGCUCAAGCUCAUCUUGUUUAUUUCCCAUGCUUUGCGCAUUAGUGUACAGACAUUGAAGGCCAUUAAUCAUUCUCCCGUGACUCUUAUUUAAGGAUUUUUUCCUCCCACCACUAGGUCUGUGUGCUGUUUGCUCCAUUUGGUCUAUGACAUUUGGAUGAUCAUCUUCAUCAAUUGAUAGACUCCUACCUUCAGGAGCACUGUCUCCCUCCCCCACCAUGGCUGUUUGCAUCUCCUAAACCCAGAGUCUGAGUGUGAUUAUGCCCAGAGUAAAGUCUGCUAGUUCAGUUCAGCUUCUUCUCAGCAUUUGGAGAUAAAAUGUCCAUCAGUUAAGUCACAUUCACACCUACAGAGCUUUUUCACAGGAACUGGAGCUUCAAUACAUGGAGGAGCAGUUCCUCGAAAUCAGUGCUGAAUUCAUGCAAGGCAAGCUCAACUUCAACCUGAUAGAAAGGAGCACGAAUGAACUGGUCUGGGAAGCCCAUGUGAGGCAAGGUGAGCUUUGGCUGAGGGAGGACCACAAGGUUGGGCCAUAGCUCAGGAGGCAGGCUGGAAAGGACAUCCCAUAUGACUGCCUCUUUCCUGGUCUCUUUCAGAGGAGCUGAAGUUUUCAGGCCCACAUCCAGAACAAGGUCAGUAGGAGAGAUGAGAUGGCUCUACCACGAGGUUGACCAAGGCGGAGCUUUUGGAGACUUUGGAAGUCACCAAGGCCAACCUGCUGCUCAAUGUGCUCUCAACAACACUGAAGAAAUACUCUUUUUUUUUUUUAAGGAUUAAGAGGAUGUUUCUAAGAUCAUAGUGGGUAGUAGUGAUCACCUGGUUUCUGUUCAGUGUCUUAAUCAGGUUACAUAGGGGGUAUUUUCUGGUUUGCCUCAGGUAGAAAAAUGUAUUGGGCCAACCCUGAGACAGAAACAUGGCAUUAGCCACAAUCCACACCAGAGGCGAAUUUUGGGCAGUGAGACUGGUUCCUAGAGGGUACUGCAGGGCUUUGCAACUAUAACAUAGUGAAUUGAGUAGUAUGGAAAGAGAGAGGUGAGGGAAUUUUGGCCUCACACAAGGCGCUACUCUUCACAUCCUAUGGGUUCUUAAGAAAUACUGUAUUUUUAUGUGUUCACCCUGCAAACCAACUUCCAAAAGUCAUAGCAGGCAAAUAAUUGUCAUUCUUUUACAGCACCACACUCAGAAUCCCCUUUAUAUGAAGGGGAACAAAGAAGCAUGAAGAUGGAGAACCCAGUAGGUUCUGGGGAGAUUAUCACAAGCAACUGGUGUCUCAGUGAGGUAAAGGGUGGGCAUUCUUCUCAUUUGCAUUGACCACCUAUGAUAAUGAAGCCUAUAUUGGUACUUCUAACAGAAAGGUUCUGAAUUUGAAUUUCUUGUGCACUGUAAAAAGCCCUUGUCCCUCUUUAGGUAUUUUUGUACAUUAAUUAAUCAUCUUGCUAGUCGGCACUAAUUGCUGGUAUUGAGCCACAAGGCUGUUUCCAAACAGGUUGCUCCUAGUGCUUAAAAAAAUAAUAAAAAACAAAGCAUUGCAUUUCUGCGCAAUUGUAAUUAUGUGAUUCCAAUUUCAUGUGGAAUGUUCUUGCCUUGCUGUGCUUACAUUUAGUUGGGAAUCAUCUUGCUUUGCUCAUAUUUACAGAGGGAAGGAAGCAUGAAGAUGGAGAACUCAGCAGGUUCUGGGGAAAGUGUGCCGUGUGGCCGGUGUCUCAGUGAGGUAAGAGGCUGACCUGUCUUGAUGUGCAUUUCCCGCCCACAGGAAUAAGGUACACAAAGAUAUUUUUAACAUGAAGCCACUGAAUUUAAAUUUCUAGUCCCCUAAGGUUAGCAACUAUCCCAUCUUAGGUAAUUAUUUACAUAUUUGUUAUUCAAAGCUAGAGUCUGGUAGCAGGAAAUAAGGCUGCAUCUAAACAGCUGUUUCCUUGUGCUAAUAACUCAUGGUGAGAGUCAUUGCAAUGCACACUUAGCACACUGUGUUUCCAUUUAGUUGGGAAUCAUCUUGCCUCGCUCUUAUCUUACGGGCGGUCCAGUUGAUGUCACAUUUCAAAUCGUCCCAUAUUUUCCAGUGCUUAAACACUUUCCAUCUAAAAAGAUCAUUGCACUACUGCAGAACUCUAAUGCUGUGAUUCCGGUUUAGUGUGGAAUCUUCCUGUGUCACAUCUGUUUUAGAAGGGUGUGGUCUCAAGGGUCUUAGGAACAGACAAUAAUGCCCCGUUUCCAGAUGGGAUGUGGAUUCUGGCAUCUACAUGAAUGAUUAUGGUUUCAUUAUAGGAUCUUCCAGAAAAAAUAAAACCAGAGGUGGUUUGGGACUCAGAAAGGGGCCAUGAAGCUUACAGGUGUGUGAUCUCUCUCUCUCUCUCUCUCUCUCUCUCUCUCUCUCUAUCUCUAUCUCUAUCUCUAUCAUCUCUAUCUCUCUCAGACCUUUUGAAACAUUCUCCCCUCAGGGAGUGGUUUCUACUUUGAAUUGUCCAACAGAGCACAUCUGGUUUCUUUGGGUCUCACAUAUGUGGGUCUCACAGUCACCACAUAUGGUGGUUCUCGGUAAAACUUAUGCAGAGUACAUCUGUGAUCUGCAUAUUGCAGUGAACGGUCAGUUGUGGUGGACAAAUUCUCUCUGAAGGAAGCUUAACCACCAUUCCUGAUGUCUUCACUGAGGAAUUCCUUGGUUCCAUGGAGCAGAGCUGGGAAAAAAAUUACAUUGAAGCACUGCUGUUGCUAACUUCCAGUUGUAUAUAUCCCGCCCCCUGGGGUAGCAUCAAAAGAAGGAUGCAGAGUUUGAGAAAGGUGAAAAAUCUGGAGUCUGGAUUUUUGGAGGAAUUGUUGUUUCUCUUCCUUAAAAAUAUCCCACCUUUCUCCCAAGGAGUUCAAGGUGGCAUGCAUGGUUUUCCCCUCUCCAUUUCCCCCUCACAACUCUGUGAGGUACUUUAGGCUAAGAGGCAGUGACUGGCCCAAGAUAACCCAAUGAGUUUCUUGAAGCAAGGGAGUCAUUUCAGCUCCUCUUGUCCCCUGUCCCUUCCUUGGCAUUAUUGCCAUUGCCCCAAAAUCAAUUUAUCUUGUUCUUCUCUACUAGUUUUUGUGGGAUGUAAUCCACCAGAGCAGUCAAGUACAACAUUGCCUGUUUUGCUAGAGUGGACAUGCAGGGGAAUGUUGGGUCCAGCCAGCUGAACUUCCUGUUGCACUUGGCUGGAGCAUCCUUCCUCUUGCAUGUGACUAGCAGGUGGUUGUGACCUUACCAGACCUGAUAAGAGGCCAAGUCAUGCACCCGUCCUCUCUCUUUCACCUUUCACCUUCGACCUGCUUCCAGCUUGGACUGCACUGCUGGCUCUCAGCCAGCACUGGGUUAUUCCCCGAUAUGGGGUAAAUGCACAUUGUACAUACUUGUAACUUUAAGCCUUAAGCCUGCCUUCAGGAUUCACACCGUGUUCUCUUUGAAUGUAAGUAAACGACUUUUUAGCACUUAUGAAUAAGACUGCAGUGUCUUUAUUCUUUUAGGAGGGAUUAAAGGGGUCUUUAAUCAGCCAACCUAGCAGGUCGAAGUGCAAGUGGAUAAAUUUACCUUCUCUGGCGGGAAGGUAAAUGGCAUUUCCGUGCGCCGCUCUGGUUUUGCCAAAAGCGGUUUAGUCAUGCUGGCCACAUGACCCAGAAAAACUGUCUGCGGACAAAUGCUGGCUCUCUCGGCCAGUAAAGCAAGAUGAACACCGCAACCCCAGAGUCGUCUUUGACUGGACUUAACUGUCAGGGGUCCUUUACCUUUACCUAAAGGGGUCUUACCAGGAAUAAUAGAAUACAUCUCAAUCUGGACAAGCCAGAUUGAAUUGCCUAUAGUCUUAAGAGACUCACACGAGUCUGCAACCAGUUUCUGCUGCGUAAGAAGGGGAAUGCACUUUGCUAAAUAAAGAAACUUGCUAGCGCAAGUUAGGAUAUUAAUAAUCAAUAUACCCUCUCUUGCCACCCUCAACAUUCCCACAGUUUGGUUCAACAACCCAAAUGUCAGCUAUUCAAAGGCAAAUUUAGGGGAGCACGGCCAGUUCAGCUGCACUGGGUGUGGAGCCUGAGGGUCUCUGCAGGAGAUGCCACAACUAUUAUUCAGAAUGGAGUGCGAGAGGCAUGGGUAAGGUGCUGAAUUUUGGCAUUGCUCAGGGAGCUGCUGAAAUUUGAGAUCCCAAGGUACACCGAGUGGGGUCCCCUUUUCCUUUUCAUCUUUCUCUUUGUGCCAUUCAGAGUGCGCUCGACUGAGGCUGGCUCCUUCCAUUGCGAUGAUACUGGUCUCAUAUGUGAAGUGAAAGAAGCUGUGACCUUAACAUACUACUUUGAUUCAUGGCCGAAGCUCCUGGAAGAAUAGAACACUGAGGAGUUGCAUGUCGCUGGCCCUCUGUUCAACUUUAAGGUGGAUGCAGCAGAGGCUGUGGCAUCCAUUUGCAUCCCUCACUUCUUGUGCCUUGAAGGUAUGUCAGGGGAGAAGUUUCCAGCAUUAUAACCAUAAUAGGAGGAGUCCUAAAUGUCCAUUGAUGUUUCCAGAAUGCUAUGGGUGGGUUCUAGAGGUCAGGAGUGCUGGCAUACCAGACUUUUGUGAUUUGUUUCAAUUUUUCAAAAUGUUCCAACUGUGCUGUUUUAUUAUUUUCUGUGAUUUGCAUUCUGUUUUAAGCUGCCAUGCAAGCAUAUUGUCCUGUGAAAUGAUGUUAUAAACCUCUUAAAUUACAAUGAGAAAAUGAAUACUUGCAUGAAAUAGGGAGGGUUGUGAUGAUAUUUUUGUCACUUUCCCACUGCUAACAUGUUUGUCUUUUCAGGUGAAGAUAGUUCCCAUGUCUACAUUGCACAUUUUGUUGAAGGGGGGAUGAGGCUGGAGAAGCCAGACAGAGUGGAGCCUCACCAUGCUGUGUUGGAAAACCCCAAGUUCUCUUCCCUUGGAGUCGUUUUCAAAAAGUGGUUUAAGCAAAAGAUCAACACUGUUGUACUGCUCUAUCACAGGCUUCAGCUGGAAACGCCAACAUUUCACCUGUACCUUCUGCCCAAUGACCCUUCGAUAAUAAAGGUAACCAGGAAUCUCCAUCUCUGGUAUUCCCGAUUGCCUGGAUCAUUUGCUUGAUCAUAUUAACCCCGACUAUGCACAAUUGUUGGACUUGAUCUCUUCUACCCAACAUCAACAUGCCAGUAGAGAGAAGAUUAACAAGUUGCCCAAUGCUGGGUUACUUAGCUUCCCACCAGCACUGUUGGUUUAAAGUGAUUUUUCCAAUAUUGAAAUAUGCCCUUUUCAUUUGUUACACAGCCUGUCUGGUUCUCUAAACAAACGGGUUGUCACUGACUUGUGAAAUCCUAAGCACAUUCUCCUGGAAGCCUUCAUUGAAAUCAGUAACACUUCCUUCAGAGUAAACGUAUUUAGCAAUGAACAAAUACUGCUUCGUUCAUUAAGGAAUCAGCUUGGUAGUUACGAGCUUUCUCAGAUAACUCCUGAGGAAAAACAUUCUUCCUGAUUUGCAGUGUUGGCACAUGGGAGAUAAAGCACACUAUCAUAUUGCCUUCUCAAUUCAAACUUUUCCUUAAAAUGUCUUCUUAUGCUUCAUUCAAAUAAUGAAGUUUCAUGGCUUCUGUGGUUUCCUGCAUGGUCUCAUCAAGAGAAGAUGCAGGUGGACGCAGGAUUCAUGGUACCUCUCGGCCACUUCAUAGUUCAAGCUGCCCAGUCCAAGAGCCUUGGCUUCCUUCAGUUCCUCAGGAGGCCAGGAAAUCUCCGCUCCACAUUUUAGUUUCUAUUGCCAUAGUGGUUUAAUUUUCUUUAUAUUGCAUAUGGAGAAUCUAUGUCUCUGCAGAUGUGCUUGAACUAUGAAACCCAUCAUCCUUGGCCCAUGCUUGUUGGGGAGGAUAUGAGUCCAACAACAUCUGGAGGACACCAGGUUCCCCAUUCCUGCAUUACCUGGUGCUACAAUGCCAAGAAUGUUGUAGGCAUCUAGUCUUCCAAAAAUUUUGUUCCCUCUCUGCGUAUGUCAAAAGUGACUUUCUUUACCCUUCCCAGGCGGUCGAUAAGCGUGAAGUAAAUUCAAAGAGAAUAGAGAAACCCCCUGUGACCAUGAAACCUCUGAUGAUUGGCUCUCAGGUCUCUCUUAGUACUCCAGAGGAUGUCACAGUGAAUCCUGAGGUGAGACAUGAAGAUGAUGGUGGUUUUUUGAUGGGGCAGAACCAAGACUGUGAAGUCUGAGAAUGGGAGAAAUUCAACGAGGAUCCUUCUUCACCCUUUAAUCUGACUCCCUUGGAAUGGUGGGUUGGGCCAAACCAGAUUCACACCUACAGAGGUUUCAUUCUUUCCCACAGGAACUGCAUUUUCAAUACCUGGAUGCAGAGAAACUGCAGCAGUACGUAGAACUGUCUGCUGAACAAAUGCAAGAGAAGUUCAACUUCUACCUGAUGAAGAAGGGCACGACUGAAGUUGUUUGGAAGGCCCAUUUAAAAAAAAGUGAGUUUUGAACAAGGGAUGAUCCUAAGGUUGAGUCAUAUCUUGGGAGCCAGGAUGGAAAAGGACCACGGGUCACAUUCCCUCUUUGACUGACUUUUUCUUCUUGAUUUGCAGAUGAGUUAACUUCAGGGCAGAUGGGUUCUCCUAUUAUACACCCAGCACAAGGUCAGCAGGUUUUAAUUGUUUCUUUCAUUGUAUUUGUAUCUUAUCUUCCUCCCAAUAGGAAGUGCUGGUGAUACAGUAGAACAUACACUGCACAAAAAUGAAAAAUAACUUUUGUACAGUGGUACCUUGGUUCUCAAAUGCCUAGGUUCUCAAAUGCCAAAAACCCGGAAGUAAGUGUUCUGGUUUUCGAACAAUUUUCGGAAACCGAACAUCUGAUGCGGCUAUCGGCUAUUGUUUCUGGGGUGCCUGCACCAAUCAGAAGCUGCGCCUAGGUUUUCAAACAUUUUGGAAGUUAAACGGACUUUCGGAAUGGAUUAAGUUUGGCACUUUUGUUUCUGCUAUUUAUUUUGCAUUUUGGUUUUUGAGGCUUUUCCGGUUAAUUUGUUUUUGUGACUGUGUGGAACCCAAUUCAGCUACUGAUUGAUUGAUUGACUGACUGAUUGAUUGAUUGAUUGAUUGAUUGUGUGACUGCAGAAAUGGAUAAAAGCCCCCCAUCCAAACAAUGGCUAUCAUCAGUGCAGGUAAGAAUUUUUUUUUUUUUAUCAUCUACAAUACUGUCUUACUAUUUUUAUAGUACAGUACAUUGAUUAUUAGGGACGUGGGUGGCACUGUGGGUUAAACCACAGAGCCUAGGACUUGCCAAUCAGAAGGUCAACGGUUCGAAUCCCCGUGAUGGGGUGAGCUCCCAUUGCCCGAUCCCUGCUCCUGCCAACCUAGCAGUUCGAAAGCACAUCAAAGUGCAAGUAGAUAAUUAGGUACCGCUCCGGCGGGAUGGUAAACGGCGUUUCCAUGCGCUGCUCUGGUGCGCCAGAAGUGGCUUAGUCAUGCUGGCCACAUGACCCGGAAGCUGUGCGCCAGCUCCCUUGGCCAAUAAAGCGAGAUGAGCGCCGCAACCCCAGAGUCGGCCACGACUGGACCUAAUGGUCAGGGGUCCCUUUACCUUACCUUACCUUACCUUAUCUUACCUUACAUUGAUUACUGCUUUCAUUUUAUGGACCAAUGAUCUCGUUAGAUAGUAAAAUUCAUGUUAAAUUGCUGUUUUAGGGGUUGUUUUUAAAAGUCUGGAAUGGAUUAAUCCAUUUUGCAUUACUUUCUAUGGGAAAGUGCACCUUUUGUUUUGGAAUGCUUUGGUUUUGGAACCGACUUCCGUAACGGAUUGAGUUUGAGAACCAAGGUACCACUGUAACUUUAUUCAACAGCCUUCUUAGACAAGGUUGUCUGGGCUUAUUGUUUUGUUUGGUGCCAGAUGAAGAUCUUUCAACUCACCUAGGUUUUUAAGAACAUUUUUUACCCAGAUGCAACUAACCUGACAUGGCAUCAGAAGGGCUCCCACUAAUGCAAUGGGACUUUCUCCUCAAUAUCCACCUUGUCACUCUCCCUCAAGUCCUCUCUGGAGGGUCACAAUAAUCCGCAGAACACAGUUCAGAGGGAAACUAAGAGAAUUGUUCCAUCCGGCAAGCAGAACAGCUUUUGCUGACAUUGAUCUCCUCACUCUAAGUUUUACAGUGUGAACUUCUCAAUUUUAAAGUGAGUGGCAGUUCUUAAAAUAUGAACUGUUACUUGCUCUUAUUGUCAUUUGUUAUGAAGUGAUACUGUAAGCAUAAUUCAUAAAUCUGUGAGACAACGUUCCAUAACUUUGUCUUCUUCCAAGGACAGAGGCCUUGUGGAUAAGGUUUUCAUGGCAUCAUCAUCAUAAUCAUCAUCAUCCAUCAUCAUCAUCAUCAAUUUUAUUUAUAUCCAGCCCUCCCCGUCCAGGACUGGGCUCAGGGUGGCUAACAUCAAAGUAUAUAAUACAUUAAAACAUAAAGUCAAACAAUCGAUUAAAAUACAGCUUAAAAACAAGUUAAGAUCAGAAUGAUGGCAACCCACGAAUUAUAACUAUAGGGGUUGGGAACAUUAAGUGCUCACCAGGCCCAGUUAUUUGUACUGGUCUUAUAUGACCCGGCUGGAGGAGUGAGAGAGGUCACUUACAUGCAGGGUCUUGUAAAAAGAGGGGGGUCAGACUGGGCCCAGACCAAAGGCCUGGAGGAACAACUCUAUCUUGCAGGCCCUGCAGAAAGAUGUCAAGUGCCGCAAGGCCCUGGUCUCUUGCGACAUAGCGUUCCACCAGGCUGGGGCCAGGGCUGAGAAGGCCAGUCUAACCUCCUUGAGGCCUGGGACUUCCAAGGUGUUAUUGUUUGUGGACCGUAAGGUCCUCCGUGAGGCAUACCAGGAGAGGAGGUCCCAUAAGUAUGAGGGUCCUAGGCCAUAUGGGGAUAGUGGAAUUUGGAUAGUGAGGAAAAUUGCCUCUGUGGAAGAAAGCUGGGUUCAGUAAUGAUAACAACAAUAAUAGAAGCAUAGAAUUUGUAGAGUUUGGAGGGAUUCCAUGUGUCAUUCAGUCCCACCCUCUAUCAAUUCCUGGGCUUUAAAGUAAGAAAAGAUAAAGCUAAAUAUAAUACUAUGUGAAAUAGUAAUGAAUUAAUUGCCUGACAAUUUGCUGUCGUUUAUGAUACCCCAAAUUAUGAUGCCACCUCACUCUCCCUAAUCGUAGGGCUGGCCCCAGCCUUGGCUCCCUUCCAACAGCUCUCACUUAUUUCAGUUUUAUACUUCUUCAACAGUUAUGGCUUUGCCCAAUGAAUUCUGGGAAUUUUAGGCAGGUGAGCUACUAGGAAUGCUCUGUUCACAAUCCCUCCCCUCAUGGAACUACAAUUCCCAGGGCAUGGGGAAAGAAGGAAUGAGUUGGGGAACCAGUCCUAAGCCUGCAGUGUGAACCUGUAGAAAGAUUUCCAUUCUUUCUCUCUUUCCCGGUAGGGCUGCAGUUUCCAAACUCUUCCAAAGUGCACUUCAUUGAGCGGCACAGGGAGGUGCUAAUCCAACGGACCAUCCCAGUGGAACCGGUGCUGGAUAGUUUGCAUGCCGUCGUCCUCAGUGAGGAGCAAUACCAAAAAAUCAUUGCCCAGGAAACUAACCCAGACAAGAUGCGAGAGCUCUACAAGCUUGUGCCAAGCUGGGACCUCCAGUGCAAGAAUAAGCUGUAUGAGGCACUGAAGGCCAAAAAUCCACAUCUCGUGAAAGACCUGGAAGGGCAAUGA